AGGCCGGUUGCAGCCUAUGGCUCGAGGGGCUGGAGUCAGGUCAAAGGAUGCAGUUUUGAGGUAGUUCCAUCAGAUCCGAGUUGCAGAGGGUCUGAGCAUUUAAGUAGUCUUAGCCAUGGCGCGGCAAAUGGCGAACUUCUCGCGGCUCAUGGACAGCAUGGUCUUCACCACCUUUUUGAUGUUCGUGAGCGGCUUCGGCCUCUUCUUGAUGGGGGAGCUCUACAAGAACGUGGUGCAGCAGGAGACAAAGAAGCUGAGCCAGAUCGCCAUGGUCGUGGUGAGGCUGUUCCCGUUUCCCGACAAGAAGUACGAGUUCAACCUGACUCACGUAGUGGUCUUCUCGACUCUCAUCGGCAUGCUUUGCAUGCUUCACCAUCCGGCGCAGGAUGUCAUUCAGCACGAGCUAGAGAAGACUCAGAAGAACAAGAAGAAGCGAGAAGAAGCUGAGAAGAAGCGAGAAGAAGCUGAGAAGAGGAGGAAGAAGGAGGAAAGCAAGGAGCACAAAUAAUUCACGGAUGGAAAA